CUUUUGUUUUUCACUUGGCGCGGAAAUUUGAUUUCAACGGCUUCGCGUCUUCCGAAUUGCUCCCUUGUUUUUAUCUGUAGACUACCUAAACGAGCGAAUAUCGGGAAAUAUUGUAAUGAAGAAGAAUAUUUAGUGCCCUUAUUACUGAUCUGGUGAAUCCAUCAUGGAAGUGGGCGAAAUUCCGAGUAUGGAUGUCGAAAAUAGGAUCGUAACCGGUGGAAAGAAGAAAUCCAGUCGGCGUUCGUCGAUCUUGAAGACUUCUCAAUCACCUAUAAAGGGAGUUCUUGAGGAUAUUGAUCUCAAUGCAGUAUCAGAAAAGGGUGACAGGAAGUCCAAGAGAUCGUCUGGAAGAAGAGUCAGUUUUGCCCCCAAAAAUGAAGUCAAGGAGUUCUGUAAGGACUAUGAUGACCAUCACUUCAUGCCAAUGCUUCACAGUGAAUACAGGCCACCAACUACUGAUAUAAAAGGUCUAGAAUCUUUGCUUAGUGGGAAUAUCCAGUCCAGGGAGCAGCAAUUUGCAAACCAGAAUACUACACUGAAUGAGCCAGACGGAUGCAUGGAAUUCACCCUAUGCCAACCUUUCAGUGAUGGCGGGCAACUCUCAGCUACGAAACACCAAUUCGAUGGUCCCCCCAACCCACUCAGCCAAACUGUUAUUGAUGCAGACACCAUUGAUCUAACAUGCCAUGGCAAAGGAUUUGUCAGCGUCAACCCUGCAAGCUUCUUGAAGUCCCUAUCCAGCAAUCAGGAAAAUGUAGCUCAGAAGUCCUUCACUGGAAGUCAAUGGAAUGAAACAGACAACGAGGAGGGUUGUGUUGAAAUGACUGAAUGCCAUGGGAACUUACUGACAAUAGCAGUGCAAAAGAAGCGUAGAAGUAUCGUGCAACCGUCUGAUCUGGAUGUGACACAAUGCUUUAGUGCACCAAUAAUCACUAGGGAGAGCCAUCAUCCUCAUUCCAUAGAGCGAGAAGAUGAGGGGGGAAGCAUUGAGAUGACUGAAUGCCAUGGCAAACUGAUGACAACAGCAGUGCAAAAGAAACGCAGAAGUAUCGUGCAGCCGUCUGAUCUGGAUGUGACACAAUGCUUUAGUGCACCAAUAAUCACAGAGCAGAAUUACCAUUCACACUCUUCACAGUCAACAGAAGACCCUGUCGUGGGAAAGGCGCAGGCAUGGGGCAAUCAGAGUUGCUAUAAUGGGGUGUCACCAAGUCCAUGUAAAGAUGACAAUAGGGGUAUUGAAAUGACAGAAUGUCAUGGGGGAAUUAACCUCACUGUCCCCGAAAAAAAGAAAGCAAGGAAAAGCAUUCUGGUGCCAGCAGAUGUUGAUGUGACUCAGUGCUAUAAUGGCCCAAUUGCAACAGAGACUAUCAAUCCAACCUCCUUUCAAAAUUCAAUCUACAAUACACAACCUACUAGCAAUCAGCAUCAAGCACGGAAAGAUGUUUCCUAUAAUACACAGAAAAACAUCUUUAAAGGUGACAAGCUCAGCUGGGAAGAGCAGGAGCAGUCCGUGCUAGAUGUGGACCUGACUGUGUGUGCAGGGAAAGGGUUGCUUGUUGGUGAUGGUGAAGAAGGUGAGAUGGUGCAAUCAGAGGAUGUGGACUUGACCAUUUGCACUGGCAAAGGCCUGCUUCCACUCGAUGCUGAAGAUGAGUCUUCGCCAAGUCUGAAUAAUCCUUCUCAUUUUGACCUGACCGUCUGCGAGGGAGCAUUUCUCAAAGGAAGUGACGACGAGAGGGGUGAAGAUGGUAAGGCAGAGAGCCCAAUGACAGUUGGAGAACUGGAAAGUGGGCCACGCUUCAAUUACUCAAAUGCAACUGACCUUGGCAUCAAUAGAAGCAGAACCAUGAUGGCUUCAAAUUAUGACGGUGAUACUUCCUUCACUGACUUGGAGCCUAAAAGUAGAGAAUGGCUGAGUCAGACAGCACCUCUUCCGGGUCAGACAACGUCUCUGCCACCUGAACGCUUCUCAAAAACCCAGUUUAUGAAAAAUGACUUGGAUGCAUCUUUCAACCCCUCAAGCCAGAGGGCACUCUUACCUAAUUCAAGCUUAUCAAAGUCACACUACAUGGAAAGAGAGCUGAAUAGUACCUUUGAUGCAUCAAGCCAAAUGACAACCAAGGCUGCACAAAACUUAUCAAAGGCACACUACAUGGAAAGAGAGCUGGACAGCACAUUUGAUGAUUCAAGCCAAAUGACAUCCAAGGCUGCAUCAAGCUUAUCAAAGUCACACUACAUGGAAAGAGAGCUGAACAGUACAUUUGAUGCUUUAAACCAAAUGACAUCCAAGGCUACCCCAAGAUUAUCAAUGUCGCAUUAUCAAAGCCAGACAGCUUCCCAACCCUCUGUAAGUCUGCCAACAACCCAGAACAUGCAGAAUGAUUCGGAUUCAGCACCUGGUUCUCCGGUCCCCCUUCCUUCAAGAAAAAGAACACUAGAGGACACAGAGAUCCCUAGUCAAGAGAGAAACAUCGAUGAUAAACCACCAGAAGCUAUAAAGAAUAGGGAUACAAAGAGCAGUCAGAUUCAGCAAUGGCUGUGUCAAACAGCACUUGCUCCUGCCCCUUCUUCUAUGACUGGAAAGUUCCUACAGAAGGCUCCAAUCACUUGCACCAGCUUCGCUACAAGUUCUGCCUUCAAUCUUCUUGGUACGUUCUCAUCAAAGAAACAAAAACUUGCAGAAGUCAAUGACGAUAUAACUAAAGCUGAGGAAACCCAGGUAGAUCUUGAACCUGCACAGUCAACUGUCGAGCCACAGUCGUUGGAGUUUACCGAUAACACCAAUCAUAUCAGGAAUGACACAUAUGAUUUGAAUAAAGAGGAAUUUCCUCAAGAAUGCUUGCUAUCUGAGGGCGAUGAUGACCUGACUCCAGCCAAGCCUGUUGCAGAGACCACUGCCGUAUCCCCCGGCUCUGUGAUUGAACCAGGUGUUAAUGUUGCUCCCUCUUCAAGCCCUGUGAAUGAGUCUGAUCCUCUUCCCAUCACUGCGCCUCCUGAUGCAGCUGCUGCAACUGGCAGUGGAAUUUCCCCAGCCGUUUCCAUUAUACAAGAUUCUCCUGUUGGACCUUCACGAAGUUCUUGUCUGAAACGCAAUCUAUCUACCAUAUGUGAGGAGAGUCCAGGGCGCACACCAUCAAGCAAAAAGAAGCAGAUCAAGGUAGCUGAACUGCUAUCCAUGUCUGGGAUUUUCUUUGACACCAGAGUGACAUCCAGACGAAGCACCGUGGCCUUCCUUGAAAAGAUGGAGAAACCCAAGACCAUUAGUGAAGCCAUUUGUAUGUCAUACAUCAUAAAGCCCAAAGCUGAGCAAUACCUUACUGUGUGUGACGAAGUGGAGAAGGAAUUAACAGAGUUAAGAGCAGCAUCAGAGUUCGUAGUACAGCAGCUUGAUGCAUCUGACUCUGGCAUCUUACAGAUCGCAGGAGCUGCUGGUGACUUUGAGCAAUCUGAUCUGGCCGAUCAGCUAAAUGACCUGCACAUCGCAUGUAAAAAACUUGCCAAGAAAAAAUGGUCCGAGAAGAAAAAAACUCUGAAAAGACGAGUUGCGCACAGCCUUAAGGAAUAUCAUAAUAUGCUAAGUAGUGAUCUGGGAACCCUGUCGGAGACUCUCUCAGUGGCGAAUGACUGCGCUAAGCUGCUCUGUGACGUUGAGGCAGAACUUGAUGCUGGACUUGCAAGGAUUCAUGCGGAAAACACCAGUGAAGAAAAUGUGGAUCCAUCUUCUGCAGAUUCCAACGACCUUGGAAAAGAAUCGCCUGAACUGUUAGCUCUUGAAGAAGAAUUGAGCAAGAGAGAAGCUUACCGCCAAGAACUAACAAGUGAAAAAGAAGCCCUUACCCGUGAAAAGAAUGGUCUCGAGAGGGAAGAGAUAGAGUGCGAAGAGCUCGUGUUAAGACUGGGGGGAAAUGCGCCGUUUGGAGACAAUACAGACGAACUUGAACACAAAUACAAACUACUAAAUGAGCUGUCGGAGUGGACGUUGGAGGAGUGGGAACCAGCCCGACUUGCGCGCUUUACCUUCCUAAACUCGACCCUCGACCUCAACGUAACAUUUGGUGACACUCUACCAGACGGUAGUCGACAUGUCCAGAGUAUUUCACUGAUAUCAGCUUUGUCAGAGUCAAGUAAAUCAGGUCCACGUCUUGCACACGCACUUAUCCAGGACAGUAUCGCAGACACCACACUUCAGAAGAUGUGCCCAACCUCGUCUUCUCUGGAAAAGGUCUUGCACCAUGUUUCUGGUCCGGUGAUAACUGCCAGGAAGCUUGCUGACGAAGUGUUCCUUCUGCCCUUCACACACAUCGUCCAUGUCCAAGGCACAAGUUUGUUCGUAGAGUUCUUCAGUCUUCAAAAGCUCAUGAGGUUUAUUGUACAGUUCACGUUUGACAUCAACUCCUAUCCAGAUCUUGUCGUCUUCAACGUCACUAAAAAAAUCGGGAAAUUCGAUCCACAAGAGGUUCACAAUUCUCUAGAAGCAGUCUCUUCCGGAGGCCACUACCUGACCCGACUCGUGGACGCAGCAGACGCCUUCCUUAGCGGAAAGGCUGCCUCUUAACUUCAUUGGUGUAUUCACGGCCUCCACACCAUCUCCGGUAGGUGGGUAGUUAACCUUGCAACCAUCUGCUCUGGAGGAACCUGCCUUGCCCGAAUAGUUGAAGUAGAAGACACAAGAGACGAUUGUGCCAAUUGUCCUACCGUCUCCACGACGUUGCUGAUUAGCAAGCCGUUGCUGGACCUGAUAGCUGCCUCUAAUACUGGUAUACCUGCUUCUUGAUAGUCAUGUUGAAGACUUUCUCCUCUACUGAAGUGUAUCAGACAUUGUCCAUCUCGCGGUAGAUUUUGACGUUUUUUAUAGACAGCUUGCAUCCUUCAGGGACAUUUCUACUGAGUAAAUCAUUUCUCUCCCGUCCUAAAAAGUUUCUGACUUCUUAGUAACCCCAUUCAAGUGGCAGAGGAUGCUGUCGAUUUUUAACGCUUUAAUGCGUCUUAGCGUGACUUUGCUCGUGAUGGAAGGUCAUUGUCACAAUGCGCCGUUCGUCAAAAGUUGGCGGAUGUACAAGGUUUUGUCAACUGUGGACCGUAGACUUUGGGACUCUUAAUGGAUCUUAGAGGACCCUCGUUUUACCUGGUCACUAGUUCCAAACCUAUCCCGAGCCUGGACGUAUUGUCAUGGUCAUACCCUGGCAUAUCUGGGAAAUAUAAAUGAGCUUGGAGGAUAUAAAAUAUAUGUUUUCGCAAAUGUAUGUAGUUUGGUACGAUGGUGUGUGACAGCAAUGUGGAACCAUUUUUCAGUGAAUAGUUUAAAUUACCCUGGUCCUUUUUGCGUGAGGUUUGGUUUCGAUGUAAAUGAGAUAUUAAUUUCAAGAUCGAACUAAUUCCGCUUGAAUCACGGAGAAAUUUAAUCCAUCCUACAAAUAAAAUCGGCUCAAAAAAAUGUUAUCGCCAGUAUCGGCCGGAUAAAUAACUAUAUAUUGGCGGAUUCGCCACCGUGGCAGCAGCCAGACUUUCAGUGAUUUUCAGCCGGCGUACGGCAUACAAGCGUACUAAAUCGCCUAGUAGGCUUAAGCAAUUCCAGCAUUGCUUGGCAAAACACAUUGUAUAUUAGUCAACCUAGUUAUCGUGUUUUGCCGUACGCACAUCGUGAAUGCUGCAAGCAACGUGUUCGCAAAUAUGGUCUAGCGGUCAACUUAGUAAGGCUGUACUAGACAUGUUGAAUGAACAGUGCUGCGCAGGGGACAGUGCGCAGUGGUUUGCUUGUAAAAUUUUAUGUAUUUGUAUAUAUUCAUAAAGAAAUAAAAUAACAUUAUUGUA